UCCUCCUCCAUCACCCUCUCUUACCAUGUUCCGCACCGCUCUCCGCCUCGCCGCGCCGCGCCUCAGCGUCUCCGCCCGCGUCGCUCCGCGCAUCGCCCGUGCGCUGCCGGCCGUGGCGCCCGUGCGCGCCUUCAGCGUCUCGCUCGCGCGCUGCGGCUCGGGCGAGACGGACGCCGAGCUCUCGUCGCGCCUCGCGCAGGAGAUCAGCUACGAGCGGCAGAACGAGUCGUCGCCCGACGCCGCGCCGCCGGCCUUCGUCUCGGACUUCCAGGCCGCCGGCAUCUGGAAGAUUGAGGAUGUGGCCGGCUCGGACGAGAUUGCCCUGACGCGCAGCUACGGCAACGAGAAGAUCCGCGUGCUGUUCAGCAUCGGCGACAUUGACACGAGCGCGCCGGAGCACGAUGAGAUUGACGCAGAGGAGGCCAACCACGACGACGGCGAGCCCGACGUCGGCUUUCCGGUGCGCUGCGCCAUCACCAUCAGCAAGCCCGGACAAGGCUCCCUCACCAUCGACGCCCAGGCGCACGACGGCGAGUUUGGCAUUGAGAACAUCAGCUUCUACAAGGACGAGAAGCUCGCGACGGAGCUGACCGCCGAGGCCGACUGGAACCGGCGGGGACUGUACAUUGGCCCGCAGUUCGAGACGCUCGACGAGUCGGUGCAGGCGCAGUUCGAGGCCUUCCUGACGGAGCGCGGCAUCGACUCGGACCUGGCGCGCUUCGUGCCGGACUUUGCGGAGCUCAAGGAGCAGCGCGAGUACUGCUCGUGGCUCGAGAACGUCAAGACGUUCAUCGAUGCCUGAGGCGCGCGCGAGCCUUAAUGCCAUACUACACCACUCAGCGACGGGCCUUGUGACUGCC